UUAAAUAUUAACUUCUUUAAGUGCUAUAUAAACAAAUAAUUGAAAUAACCACCCUGACCCAUUCUAUAACUUUUGACAUGUGAAUCCAAUGUUAUUGUUAAAACCACGUUGUUACAUUGGGGGUGUGGCAAAUUCAGGAAAUGACGACACAAGAUGGUUGUUCUGCUCAACUAUGGCGAACGAAGAUGCGAUCGUGUUAAACUUCAACGACAGUUUAUUGCGAGCUUCGGAUCUUGAAAUAUUAGAUGGACCUAACUGGCUAAAUGAUAAACUGAUCGGGUUUUGUUUUGAAUAUUAUGAAAGAGAACAGUUCAACCAUUCAGCAGAUAAAUUAUCUCUUAUUAGUCCGUCGGUUACACAGUUCAUCAAAUUAGCACCAGUUGAAGAAUUAACAGUUAUUCUAGAAUCAUUGAACCUUCCAUUAAAACAGUUUGUAUUUUUAGCUGUCAAUGACAAUGAAGACUCAAAUAAUGUAGGAGGUACACAUUGGAGCUUAUUAGUGUAUAUACGCAGUAAACAAGAAUUUCAUCAUUUUGAUUCAGCCAAUCAUGCGAAUGAACAUAUAGCCAAAAAGUUAGCAUAUAGAUUACAACCAUUUGUACAUGCACCCAGAGGUAGAAUGAAAUUUAUUGAAAUGGAUUCUCCACAACAAGCAAAUUGUUAUGAUUGUGGAAUUUAUGUCAUCUCAAUAGCUGAACAUUUAUGCCGAGAAUUUUGUGAAUGUAUCAACGACGUCUCUUUAUCUCAUGUGGUUACUGCCACAACAGUGUCAAAAAAACGUGAACAGCUUAAAGAACUUAUAAGAAGCGUAGCAGAAGAGCAUGCAAGCUGACAAACAGUUGAUAAUAUGUGAUUUAGUACCUCAUUGUAUUCAGGAGUUGGGUUGUCCGUUUUACCUAUCUUUCUGUGGUUUUAAUUCAGUAAUUAAAUGGGAUUUUCCAGAUGGCUUAUAUAACUAGUCCAAUCUUUUUUCCCAAUAUGGCUCUGCAGUUACUUUUGUUUGUUUUAAUUUAAAGUAAGGUAUACAAUGUAUGACAAACUAACUCAUAGAGUAUAAGAGAUUAACACAAACUUUUAUUUAAGCCAAAUAUAUUUUUAUGUAUUAAACCAUUCAAUGCAAUGAUUAGGCCGCAAUUAAUUAAUUGUUUGUUUCUCAUGACCCGUCUGCAUGUCUGUUUUCAUCCAUAAUAAUUACGUACUUCCAUAAUUAUUUGGUCAAAUUUAGUGAGGUCACAAAUUUGUCCUGUAAAAUUUGUAAAACUAUAUUGAUUAGCCUUCAAAUAUGAACAGUGAACUGAUGCAUUAAAAUUCACUAUUUAUCGAUAAACAUGAAACUGUAGGUGAUAAGUAAAGUCUAGUAGGCUAGCGUGUGAAAAAAUAUAUGAAGUCCAUCCAUGAAACUGAAACAGGAAGUUAAAAAAGCUGUAUCAUAUCUGUCAUUCAAACCAAGGAAUGGUAGCUACAGCAUUUUCUUUCACCAAAGACGACAUACAUACUUCAUAAGGCACUUGUCAUUUGUAAUAAAAUUCACAGAAAGAAAUAAAUAUCUUUAAAUUCCUGCUAAAAUAUUUUAUUUACGUGACUAGCACUCUGUGACAAACGGCUCCAAAACUGCCACCAUGAGGUAUGGACUGAUUGACACUGCUUCACAUUAUUUUAUUAACCAGUCCUAAAUUGACACAAAGAUACUAAUAAAUGUAAAUAGUUUGAUGAAGAUAGACAAAAUUAUAAAAGUGUUUAUAUUAUCACGAGUCGAUGCCAUUUGCCGAUGGGGCAGAGUUGAAGACACUUAACAUAUCUUCCUUCACGGUUAGAGAAACGAACAAAUGUGCAAUAAAUUCUUUGGACUUGUUAAAUAAUCUAACUUAUUUUGUAUUUAAAAAUCCGAAGGUAUGCCUUUAAAUAUUUAUAUCAGAUCAAGUUACCAACCUGAUUGGAACAGAUGAUUUUGUAACCUGUCAAAGUAGGGAAAGAUGAAGAAAUGAAAUGCCAAGAAUUAAUGAAACAACGAAUGGUUAACUUAGAAGCAUAUCACUAAUAAUUUAGAACUAUUAUUAUGAUCAAGUCUUCAGAUGCCUGACUUUUGUGCAACAGAUAUUUUAAUCUAUAAAACUUUGAUUAAAUGUGAAUAAAUCGCAGAUGCCGGUUACCGUUGGAUUUUCAAUGCCCCAAAUAACUGACAAUUGCUGAAAUAGAAACAGCGUUAAACUCAAAAAAUUUAAAUUCCAUCAUCUCAAUAAUUAAUAAUUACCUCAUGUAGCAUGUAUAUUUCACAAACACUGAUCAUGAGAAACAACAAUUAAUUAACCAUGGUCUUAUAAGUGAUGUAUUAUAAAUGUAUUAAGGAUGUGAUGAUUAUAUAGGUAUGUUAGUAAAAGUGAUAUCUGGUUGUACAGGAGGAUUCUUAUAUAUGAUGUACAUUUACUAAAAAACGCAAUAAUAAUGACUUUUACACAUAACUGAUUUUUUGUACUCUUAUAUAAAGUGGGAGCAUGUUAUGAUAAUCCCCCAGUACAUAUUAGUUUUAUCAGAUUAUUGUUCUUUACAGAAUUUUUAUAUGCUCACGUGGAAAUGUGAACGUAUAUUGCCGUCUCCCCUGUCCGUCCGCUCUCAAGCCAAAAGUUGUCAUCCGAUUGUUUUAAAAUUGAUAUAUUAUUAUGUUGUUUACAUUAAAGAGAUGAAGAAGCCUAUUUAAUUUCAAUAAUUUCCAUUAAUUACUUGUAGAUUUGUGUACCUUGUUUUACAUUGUGUUGCACCUUGUGAACAUUCUAAUAUCAAAAGUUAUCUGCCGCUCUGUAUGAAAUUUAUAUGCGUCAUUUAGAUUAGUAAAAAGAAGAAUCCUAUGGUUUCACUUUGUUGAACCUUGUGAAUGCUCUAACACCAAAAGUUAUCAUCCAAUCUUUGUGAAUUUGUGAAAUUUAUGUGCAUUAUUUAAAUAAGUGAAAUUUCAGCAAUUUCCGUCAAUUACUUCUAGAUUUAUGGCUCUUGUUUUACUUUGUGAAACUUGUGAACAUUCGAACGACAAAAGUUAUCAUCCGAUCUGUAUGAAAUUUAUAUGCAUUAUUUAAAUUAGUAAAACGAAAAAGCUUGUCAAUUUUCAACAAUUUCUGUAAAUUACUUCAGAGUUAAGGCCCUUGUUUCAGUUUGUAGAACCUUGUGAACCCUCAAAUGACGAAAAUUAUAAUCUGAUUUGUCUGAAAUUGUCUUGUAAAUGGCCCCAAUUACCUACAAAAGAAUAAAUAUGCGACAACCCUUAUCAACUGCUCGGACGAUUUAGCUGCUGUGGGCAUAUGUUUCAUUGCCUGGCAACCUAUCUUAUAAAACUAGUUGGGAUCUAUCAACAUGUCAUGAAGAUAUUCCUAAUUUAGUUGAUUAUUGAUGUUAAAUCAUCAAAAACACUGAUUUGAAAUGGCUACUUUAUAACAUCCAACAUGUCUUGUUGUUUGACCAGCUUCCUGUUAUUUGGGUGUUUGUUUAUAACACACUACCCAUUUUUGUCCCUCACCUUUUAAAGAAAGCAGGGAACUAUUAAAAUAAGUUCGUCUGUCUGUUUCUCCGCCUGUUUGUUGAAUGGUUUUACUGAGUUCGAUGAUGAACAUUUUCUGUGUGGGCUAAGCAGAGAUAUGCAAAUUACGUGGGUGAAACUUUGGAACAUGGGAUACAGAUACAUUACAUUACAUUAGUACCUUUACUAAGUUCAAUGCUGAGCAUUUGCUGUUUAGGUUUCAAGCAGAGAUAAACAAUUUGAUUGGAGUCAAGACCUUGGAACACAAUAACUUUGAUUCUAAUUGUGUGAGAGUGAUCAAUCCCUUGACAUUAACCCCGUUUACAUUACAAAUUUUAAGUGUACCAGGCACGGUUAGCUUCGCUUUUUUGUAGUGUAAACUGGUCAAACGUAAGCGUGCCGCGCCUGGUACGGUGCCAAUCUGGCCCACUGAAGUGAGGUGGUCUCAGAACGGUACCAGGACCGGCUCGCUUUAAGUUUUCGUAGUGUAAAAGCUAACCGGUCUGAGCACGGAUUACUGCGCAUGCGCCAUAUGAACCUUAGCCUUUUUCCCCGCAAACUUUGACCGCUCUGUCAUCAGUUCUGUCAAAAUGGCUGCUCAAACUAAAUCAACCAUCAUAAUUGUUUUCAUCUGGGUAAUUUGUAUAGGUACUGAAAUUAACUUUUCUGUGAAGGGUUCCACAUUUAGCAUGCUUGGCACGAUUCUGAGACCGCGUUAUUUUAGAGUAAUGUAAACGGGUCAAUUUCUUGAAAUUUAUCGCCGCCUGUUACUGUGCCCAGAAUGGCACGCUUAUCGCAGCCAAGUGUAAACGGGGCUUAAGUUCGAUAAAGAGCAUUGCCUGCAUUAACACGAGAAUUUUCAAACUCAGUAUUGUUUAGGUUAAUUAGGUGAAUGCAUUUUUAACUUAGGCUAAGCAGAGAUAAGCAAUUUGAUUGAUCUAGACUUUUGGACACAAUAAUAACCCUGCUUCUUAUUGAAAUAGAAUUUUCAAACUUCGGGGUGGCAAGUUUGGAGGUCACAUGCUUGAUCCCUACAUCGGCCAAUAAAGUUCAUUGGGAUUUUCAGACGUAGUUUCCCCGUGUCAGUGGUGCAGGACGGAGGGCCUGACAAGGACAGCUGUCUAGUCAUUCGGAUGGGACGGAAAACAGAGGUCCUGUGUAUACAUUGGCAUGCACGUAAAAGAUCCCUUGCCAGUUGGAAUUCGAUAGAAGAUUUCCCCUCAUAGCACACUGUAUGGCAUAUUCCCAUCUUCAUUAGCCCAGGCGGAGCAGAACAGUAGGACAUUAAACCCCAUUUCAUUAUAUAUAUUGUGAGUAAUGUUGUCAGUACCAUUUACAACUACCAGUACCAUUUACAACUACCAACUACAUUAAGUCACUCAAUGAGCAACAAGUAUCAUGUCAUCAUAUUUGUCUGUGUUUGUUGAUAAUUCCAGUUCUGGACAUUAUUAAAAAUAUUUAGUAUCGGGGGCGCCAUUGUUACACUCAACUAAUUAAGGAGCAAUUUUCAAAUUAUUAUCUUUUGUGUUAAAAGAUUGAAUAUUUGAUACUACUAAUUCAAAUUGAAUCUCAUGUCCCAUUCCAUAAUUGAAUAGCCAUAUGUUUAGAAAUAGGACUAUAACAUUGUUCUUGCUGUUGCAUGUUUUCGAAUAUUUUUUUUUAUUCUCAGCACAAAUUUAAUAGCUAUUGACAGUUGUUUCAUAUUUAUUAUGCAUAUGUGUUUAGUUGGUACCCUUAGGUACACAUUAGUUAAUGUAAAGAUCAAAGGGAAAGGUUGGGAAAAACCUAGUAAAGCCAAAAUAAGGAGUGACCAGUAUUGAAAUCAGAUUCAUUCCAUCUGACUGACCAUACGCCCAAACUCAAAACAUCUUAUUCCCUUUUUGUUGGAAUCCAGAGUCCACUUAGUUAUGGGUAUGAUUUACCAGUCUGUAACCCUAUCCAAACUAGUCUUGUGUACAUUCAGGGAAUAUAGUUUUGCUGUGAGAGCUCCAGUUCGAUGGCUUUUGAGUUACUUUGUGGUCAAACCUAUUGUGUGUUAGACUGGUGCAGAAAAGGUGAUUAGCAGAAAAGGUGAUUAUUUUAGUUCUGCAAUUUGAUGUAGUUUUUAAAUUGAAUGAAUAAGUUGGGAAAUGUCAAGUGCCAUUAGUUUAAUAAUACUCCAGAAGAAUAUACAUGUACCCCUUUAUAUAACAAUGAGUAUGCUGAUUACAUCAGUUAAAAUCUAUAUUUGAUAUACAUGUACAAUGUAAGAGUUUUCUUUUUGGUGUGAAUGCAUUUGUUUAAUUGUACAGUAUUUAGUAGAUACAUCUAGUUUAUAGAUAUUGUGCAUUUAAGUAGAAACAUGUAGUUUACAGAUAUAUUGUACAUUUAUUAUUGACAUACUAUCUGUGUUACCCUUUAGGGUUUUUUUGUUCAUAAUAUUUUUUUCAGCCCCUAAAGUUUAUUUCUCCUUUUAAGUCUAAAUAAGAAACACUGUUAUAAAAUGUACAAAGGCAGCCUAAAUCAAGUAGGACACAUGAAUUAUUUUCACUGAAUGAAAUACUAAAUCAUGCUAACUGUAAUGUAUGAUCUGACUGGUUGAAUGGGGUUUGACAGGGUGUGUAUGAUUUAACCAAAAAUAUCUUUGUUUAAUUCUCGGUUUGUUGCAAUUUUACUUCAUUCAUACUAAAACUUGAUAAAUAAAGGUAUUAAUGAUAUAA